AUGAUAACGAUGCAAAGAAGCACGAGACUUCUCGAUCCUAGUGAACCAAGAAUCUGUCUUUUUGACAUUUCAUCUCAUGUGAACGGAAGUCUCGUGGAGAUUGCCAUGGACGACGAAGCUAUACAAAAUCAUCUUAAUCUGAACGUAUCCGAGUUCGAAGAUGAUGACGGCGAUGAUGAUAUCGAUAAUGUAAUCACAAUCGACCUCAGGGCCGAAAACGUCAAUCGGACAAUUCAGCAGAAUCGUCUUCUGAUUCUGAAGGUGAGCUUACUGUUUCAAGUCCUGCGAUUUCUAAUUCUUCUGUUACGCGAGGGAGGAGCUUACAGCGUCGAGGUGGCCGUCGUGGUCGAAGAAUUUCUUCGAUUUCUCGAGCAAGUAGUAGAAGAGGAAGUUCAUCUCGUGGGAGAUUGUACCAGCAAGUGGAAGCUGAAGAUAACGAGGAUAUUGGCAAUGACGAUGGACAAUUUGGAGAAGACGAAGAACAGUCUCGACCUAAACGCUCUAGACCAGCUGUACCGCUUCCCAGCGCCAGUUCAAGAACUCAUGGUGCACUCCAUUUGCCGUCGGCUGGAGAAGUUCAAAACAGGUGCAGAAGACCAGGAUAUAACAAGAAAAGCACAAUUAUAUCCAAGAAGUGCAACAUUCACUUGUGCUUAA